UACCGCGCGGGGCAGGGAUUGGUUCGCGCUCGCUUCUUGGCUUCUGGCGGUUCGCGGCAGCCGGCGGUUCCCGGGACACCUGCUUGCUCCUCCCGUCCGGUGGCUCACGGGCUCCCUGCCUCUCUCCUUCCCACCUCCCGGUUUGCUGGACCGGGAAAAAGACUGGCCGUCCAGUACGCGACCCCUGACGCUGCUGAGCCGUCGCAGGGCAAGAUGAGCUCGGACGCGGCAGCCGGGGCGCCCCUACCCCGGCUCUGCUGUCUGGAGAAGGGUCCAAACGGCUACGGCUUUCACCUGCACGGGGAGAAGGGCAAAGUGGGCCAGUUCAUCCGGUUGGUGGAGCCCGGCUCGCCGGCCGAGAAGGCGGGGCUGCUGGCCGGGGACCGUCUGGUGGAGGUGAACGGCGAGAACGUGGAGAAGGAGACCCACCAGCAGGUGGUGAGCCGCAUCCGUGCAGCGCUCAACGCCGUACGCCUGCUGGUGGUCGACCCCGAAACCGACCAGCAGCUGCAGAAGCUCGGCGUCCAGGUCGGGGAGGAGCUGCUACGCGCCCAGGAAGGUCCGGGGCAGGCUGAGCCUCCAGCUGCUACCGAAGCGCAGGGGGCUGGCGACGAAAAUGAGCCGCGGGCCACCGCGCCAGAGCCACGCGACGCUGAGAAGAGCCACUCGGAGCGGCGUGAGCUUCGGCCUCGGCUUUGUACCAUGAAGAGGGGCGCCAAUGGCUAUGGCUUCAAUCUGCACAGUGAUAAGUCCAAGCCUGGCCAGUUCAUCCGCGCGGUGGACCCAGACUCACCAGCUGAGGCUUCAGGGCUCCAAGCCCAGGACCGCAUCAUAGAGGUGAACGGGGUCUGCAUGGAAGGCAAGCAGCAUGGGGAAGUGGUGUCUGCCAUCAAGGCUGGUGGAGAUGAGGCCAAGCUGCUGGUGGUAGACAGGGAAACUGAUGAAUUCUUCAAGAAAUGCAAAGUGAUCCCAUCUCAGGAGCACCUGAGUGGUCCUCUGCCCGAGCCCUUCACCAAUGGGGAGAUACAGAAGGAGAACAGUCGAGAAACUUUGGCAGAGGCAGCCUCAGUGAGCCCCAGGCCAACCCUCCAGAGAUCCAACUCCAGCGACACCAGUGAGGAGCUGAAUUCCCAAGACAGCCCCAAGAAACAGGACUCCAUGGAGCCCUCGUCCACCUCCUCUGACUCCAUCCUGGACUUCAACAUCUCUUUGGCUGUGGCCAAAGAAAGGGCCCACCAGAAGCGCAGCAGCAAACGGGCCCCACAGAUGGACUGGAGCAAGAAAAACGAACUCUUCAGCAACCUCUGAGUGCCCAUCUGCCAGCACCCACCCCGCCUCCUUGUCCCUCUCCUGUUACUCCCCCAAUUGACGUACGAAUCAGCACCAGCACCUCCUUUCUUGAUGAAUCUGAUUUUUCUGGAGAAUUCUGUUCUUCCCUUGCCUUAGGGAGGGCAAAUGUUUCUCUGUCCUGCCCCAAUCAAAAAGCAGACUGUCCCCUUCUCACUGAGUGCUUCAUCCCACCAGGUGUGCCCUUGCCACCCUGCCUGGGAUAUCACUGGGACCUGCACCAAGCAAGGAUCGUGGGAUCAGACAAGGGGGAAUCUUCCCUUACAACCCCACAUGAUGACUGGGUUCAGGGCUGAUUAAGGAACUCUGUAGAACCACAGCUUGCAGUGGACAGGGCGUCCAUUCUCCUGAGGGCUGUGGCUUAGUGUCUUUUCAUUUAUUUGAUUUUUUUUUUAAGUGCAGUUUCACAGCAUUUAGAGGGAUUUUUGUUUCCUUGAUUAACAUGAUUUUCCUGGUUGUGCAUCCAGGACAUAGCAGUGACCUCAGUCUUAAACUUUUUACUCCCAUUCUCAGAGACCUUGGCAGCCAGGGAGAAUUUGUUACCCCCAUCAGCCAGGCACCACCAUUGUAAGGAAACUGCAGAAAUUCAACUGGUUCCUCCAAA